CCCGGUCUCCGGGUCGCUUUUUGGGGUCAUCAGUUUUAUGGGGGCUUGUCUGCAUGGCCUCCUGUCUGGGAUGAGCCACUGUCUGGUGAAGAUGUGGGCCUCCAAGCGCUACUGGCUGCUCUUGUUCUUCAUGUGGGCCCUGAUCCUGCUGUGCGGCAACCUAAGCUCUGGCUUCUCAAAUUAUAUAUCUCCUGAUCAAUAUAUCACUGAUAAUGGAAAUGGACAAUCUCUGAAGGAAGAAGCUGCAUGGGAUAGUCUGUUGAAUUUCUUCUUUCCAACAACAUGCAUUGUAAAGGAGAAUCAGGUGGUGAUGCCUUGUAUAAAGGAUGAAGAUCUUGAGGAGAGAAAAUGUUUGAGAUACAAAUGCUGUUUUUCAUCAUCUGAGACCAGUAAAUUCCGCUGCUUCGCCCCAUUAAAAGACAAGCCUAAGCAGAUGUUACGGAUCUUUGGGUUUGGUGUGAUCAACAUGAUCAUUCUGGGAUGUCUGCCCAUUUUCUGCUGUUCUCUUUUCCGGAGGAGCAAAUUGGCCUACUAUUUACAAAGGAUAGUCGACAACAUUUUUAAGUGUUUGAGGAAUCGAAGAAACAGACCAAACGAUGAUACUGAAAUGAUAGGAAGAGCAGUGGAAGGUGAGGAAAGUGAGGAAGUUGAUGACGAUGAAGAAAGUGAGGAAGACAGUCAAGAGAACAGAGCAUUACUUUCCUGGUAAGAUGAAUGCAAACCAUCCAGAGCAGAGGAGACUGUCUCAGUUAUCCAAACCUAAUGGGACAUUUAAAAAAUGGAUCUUAUUUUUGUCAUAUUUACUUUCAAAUAUGAAAUAAACUUUGUAGUUCUGUUUUUGUGCAUCAAA